CUGGUUUGCAUUUCUGUAAAGCCACAGUAGCCAGAAAAGUGUUUUAAAAAGGUGAAGACUGAAGACAGUCUGGAGGAGAUUUACAAGCUUUUAUAUUACUACAUUUCAGUACUUCCCUUCUACUCAUUCAUCAUGAAGCUGAAUCUUUUUCUCCUGCGUCUCACUGGUCUUAUCUCAAUCACCCUGCAAUAUGUCCGCCAUGAUUAUUUAUUGAUCAAAACACCUAUGACAUGGGCAAAUGCAAAAACUUACUGCGAGAAAAAAAAUCAAAGUUUAGCUGUGGUGAAGACAGCAGAUGACUGGAACAGGUUGACUGCUGAGGCAGAGAGGCAUGGUCUGGGAGUAACUGGCUGGAUCGGACUGUGCAUCGAGGUAGGCCGCUGGUUCUUCUCGUCUUAUUCGCCAGUAACGCCUUUACAAAAUAUAAAUAACUGGGCCCCUGGACAGCCUGAUAAUUUUGGAGGGAAUCAGUCAUGUAUUGCAAUGGAGUCAAAUGGAACCUGGUCAGAUUAUUGCUGCUCAGACCUGAAACCGUUCAUAUGUGCUACCACUGAAGGGCUUAUUAAUAUCACUUCUCCUGCAUUGGACUGGUUUGGGAGUCGGAAAUACUGCGCGAGCCAUUACUUAGAUUUGGCAAGCCCGAAAAAUGUAACACAGAACAAUUUGAUUCAACCAUUCGUGUCACCCGAGGGCGCUUCUUGGAUAGGCAUAUUUAGGCCUAAUUGGACUUGGGUAAAUAAGGAUGUUGGGUCUGGGCUUCCUUGGCGUUCUGGCUAUCCAAAUAAUGUAGAUGGAAAUAACAACUGUGGUUUUCUAAAUAACAGCUUGUUAGAGGAUAAACCAUGCAGCAGACAAUUGUACUUCUUCUGUCACAUCUCAUAUACAGUGAGACAGCAAGUAUUAAAACUGAAGAUUCAAGGAGACAAUAGUGUGUUUGGUCCUGCUUCUCAGGCAGCCAUUUUACAACAGGUAAAGCAGAAACUGAAGGACCACGGCGUAGAGAGAGAGACAAAUGUGACCUGGAGGGUGUGGCCAGAUGGAACAGUCAUUCACAAGAAAAGCAAGAAUGAACUCUAAACAAUCUGCUUACAUACUUCUCAACAUAUAACUUUUAAUUCUAUAUCAGGUUCUGUUGUGGUGAAAUGUAAUGUCAUAGAAAAAAACAGAUUAAAUUCAAUUUGAAUUCAAAUUUAUUAAUUGAUAACUAGAAUGUGUAUAAUGAAGGACAUUCAAAUCAAAAGGACACAUAGUACAAAAUAUAGUUUUACUAGAAUAGUCUCUUGAUUGUUAUGGACAUUCUGUAUAAUUAUUUUUUCAUAAAGGCACAACCAGGGUCUGUGAACAUGAUUUGGAAAAAAUGUUUUAUCAAACAUUCAAUCUGGGAUGAUCUUGGUCUUCAGAUGUGGUUUAUAAUCCCUAAUAAUAUUCUUAAUUACUGUUAGCUGUAGUUUCUACUAUCUUUCUAAUGUCUGUCAACAACCUGGAUGUUAUGGCUGGAUUAAUGGAGAGAUUUGGGGCCACAUUAGGAGUAUCUUCUUGGUACAGUAUCUUAGUCUCGUACAAAUCUGAUUAGAUUUAAGUCAGACAUAUUUAAUUUAUAUAUUCAUAUAAUUUACAUAUUGAUGUACUUAAAACUUUGUAAGGUGUCUCAAAUAUAGAAUUUUAUUUUAUAUUUACAAGACAUCCUCUUGAUACUAUCCUUGUGUUAUAUUGAAUGAGUCAGAUGUUAUAUAAAAAUUCUCUUUUAUUACAUUUGAUUGAAUUUGUAUUGUAAUGGGCUUAAGUAAUUGUCAUGUCUCAGGUUGCCUUCGUUUACUAUGACCGGACAAAUAAUACAAGUAAAUAAAAUUGUUCAGGAAUGUGAUAUCCAGGCUUUGUGAUCAUCAAUCUGUUGUGGUAAUGACAACCUGUUAUUACAUUAAUUAAUUUACAUUAGUACAUAGAGAUUCUUUUUUGUUUUUGUUUUAUUUAGAAAAUUAAAGAGACACCAGACCAAUACGUCCCAGAUCAAAGAAUUUGGAGUAUAAUCAAAUGUUUAAUGAGCAAUAAAUAUCAAUAGAAA